AUGACAGCUGAAGUGAUUGUGCCGGAGGCGGCCCAUGCACCACUGGUUCAGGAGGUAGACCGUGAUACAAGUAUUGAUGGUUCAAGAUUCGCUCAACAAAAGGAAUCUAAUGGAAAGGCAACUGUGCAAGAAGUAAUCAAGCCGCUUUUGGAAGAGCCUCAGUCGGAACCGUCAACUCUACCUCACAAGUAUGAUCUGCCUGAAAUAUCACUAGUGGAUCGUUACGUGGAUGAGCCGAGAAGCUUGAGGGUGACAGUGAUUGGUGCCGGGCUUGCAGGACUUAUUUCCGGUGUGCUUCUACCUGCAAAGGUUCCUGGGAUUCAACUCACCAUCUUGGAAAAGAACGCAGACGUGGGAGGCACUUGGUUCGAGAAUGUUUACCCUGGCGUGCGAUGUGAUGUCCCGGCUCAUGUGUAUCAAACAUCAUUUGAGCCAAACACUCAGUGGACUGAGGAAUUUGCACAAGGGGCUGAGAUAAGAGAGUACUGGACCAACAUUGCAAAGAAGUACGACGUCUACAAGUACCUUCAACUGUCCCAACGUGUCGAAGAAACGCGCUGGGAUGCAGAACGCUCGGUGUGGCUCGUCAAAGUCCACAACCUAAAGUCUGGAGAAGUGUACACACACGAAACCGACUUUGUGCUCACGGCAAUCGGAAGGUUCAAUGCUUGGAAACUACCCGAUUACCCCGGACUGAAAGAUUACAAGGGCCUCCUCAGACAUGCAUCAAACUGGGAUCCAAAUUUUGACCCGUCCGGCAAGCGAGUGGCUGUCAUUGGAAACGGCGCAUCCGGUAUACAGCUGGUUUCAAACAUACAGUCACGAGUGGCACACCUCGAUCAUUAUGCGAGAAACAAGACCUGGAUCGCUGCAUCAUUCUCUGGCGACGCUACAUCCAUCAAACCUAUCAUAAUUUCAGAGGAGUUGCGAGAGACCUUCAAGAAAGAUCCGGAGGCGUAUCUGAAGUAUCGGAAACAUUUCGAGGAGAAGUACUGGCGUGGUUUUGACACUUGGCUGAAAGGCUCUGAGAGUAACGAGAAGUCAAAGCAGGAGUUCAUCCAACUCUUGGAGAAAAGACUGGCAAAGAAGCCUGAACUAAUCAAAAGUCUUAUCCCGGACUUUUCGCCACACUGCAGGCGGUUGACACCAGGACCAGGCUACUUUGAAGCAAUCACGGAAGACAACGUAGACUACAUACAGACACACAUCAAGCGAUUCACAGAGACCGGCAUCGAAACGGUCGAUGGGAAACAUCGAGAAGUCGACGCGGUUUUCUGUGCCACUGGAGCGAACGUGGACUCAGUGCCGCCUUUUAGCAUCAUCGCCAAUGGCAAAGACAUCAGAAAUCUAUGGGCUCAUGAUGGCGAAUACGGGUUUCCUUACAGUUACUUAGGAACUUCGACCCCUGGAUUUCCCAAUCUGUUAUUUGUCCACGGACCCAACGGGUCGGGAAGGUCUGGGACCGUCCCACACAAUGUCGAAACGCAAGUGACAUUCUACGCCAAAAUCCUGCGCAAGGUCGGCAGAGAAGGUAUCAAAACCAUUCAACCAUCGAAAAAAGCUACAGAUGACUUCGUACAGUACGCGGACGCUUUCUGGAAGACGACCGUACUUUCAGAAAACUGUAGUUCCUGGUACAAUGGUGGGAAACCGGGUGCGAGGAUUCACGGGUUAUGGCCAGGAAGUGCAAGCCUUGUCGCCAUAAUAUCGAGGGAUCCGCGUUGGGAAGACUGGGAAUAUGAAUAUCUGUCGGACACGGGCAACCGUCUCGCAUGGUAUUUCGGCAGAGGAUGCACAAAAGCCGAGAGCGACUUAGAGAGGGACAUCACAUCAUAUCUACACGAUCCCGCGAAGAUUGAUUUGAGAGACCUCCAUGAGCAGUGGUGGGAUAUCCCGUAGAUUGGCGCCGUUGCUAUGAUUCCGAAUGAUGGAGGAACACAUGAGUAUAGCAGUUUUGGC